AGACGUUAUAUAGGAGUCUGUACGGACUUUGUUAAAGGUGAGCUUUGCAGAAUGAUUCUAAUAAACAUUCAGCGGAGACAGUCGACCUGAGCAACAGGAGUAGAAGUCGGUGUUUGUGGAGCUACAAGGUCUUUAACCGCUAAAGCGUUGCUGGUCCAUGGCUCUGCCGACGUUCUCGGCCCAUGUGCCCAGUCGGUCCCGAGUGCUGGCGGAGCAGCUGGCCCGGCAGCGGGAGCAGGAGGCCCGGUGGCGGCAGCAGUGGGAGCUGCAUGCUCAGUACUUCAGAGAGCAGAGUGUCCGCAGCCAGAGACAGGCGGCGUGGAGCUCCCGACACUCCUACCAGCAGAGUAUGUCAGCUUACCAUAAACAGAGAUUGAAGGAGGAAAAGAAGGCCAGCCUGGAGCAGCGCAGGAAUCGGCUCAGGGCCAUGCUUCAAGAGGAGCAAAACCGGCUGGAGGCGGAGCUCCGGGAAGUAGUCCCUGACAGGAUCACCUUGGCAAGUCAGCUGGUAGAGAAAACUGAAGAGCUUCGUACGGCAAGAGAGGAAAGAAGGAAAAAGCUUGCACAGGAACUGCUGAGGGAGCAUUGGAAGAAAAACAACCAAGAACUGCGAGAGGUCGAGUCAGCAUUACAUAAAGAUCAUGUUGUUGGCCGAUGGCAGGAACAGAUAUCUGAGAAGAAACAGAAACAAACGGCAGAACAGGCGGAGAAGAAACGCUUUGAGAAUGAGUACGAGAGGACCCGAAAAGAGGCUCUGGAGAGGAUGAAGCAAGCAGAGGAGCAAAGGAAAGCAGAGGAGCGUAAGAGAGCAGAGGAGCUUUGCCAGCAGAUGGAAGAACUCAAGCUGAGAGAGGAAGAGGCCACUCGUCUGAAAAAGGAGCAAGAGGCUCUGCUGAUCCAGCAGUGGGAGCUGGAGAAGAUGGAGGACGAAAGGCAGAAGGUGGAGGAACGGCGAAAGAAGUCUGAGAUGGGGCAUUUCUUGAUCCGUCAGUAUCGAGCUCAGCUGAGGAGGAGAGCCCAGCAAGUGCAGGAGGAACUGGAGGCCGAUCGGAAGAUCCUGGCAGCCUUGCUUGAAGGAGAGACGGACGACAGGAGAAUGGAAACGGCGCGAAGAGAAAGAGCUAUUGCUGAUGCUGCCUGGAUGAAGCGUGUGAUUGAAGAGCAGCUUCAGCUGGAGCGGCAGAGGGAGGCAGAGUUUGACAUCCUACACAGAGAAGAAGCUCAACGUGUGUGGGAGAAACGAGAGGCUCAGUGGGAGAAGGAGAGGAAAGCCAGAGAACGGCUCAUGCAUGAGGUGCUUUCGGGGAGACAGCAGCAGCUGGAGCUGAAGAUGCAGAAGAACCGCAAGGCUCAGGAGGAGUCCCUGAAGAGACGAGAAGAGCUGAUCCAGGAGCUGGAGCUGGAGAGGGAGACCAGACGUCGGGAGAAGGAGGAAGGAGAGGCCCGUCGGACAGCACGGAUGCAGGAGAUAAAUGCACAGGUGGAGCAGCAACACCAAGAGCAGUGGGAGGAGCUGUGCAGGAUGGAGCAGGAGGAAGAGGAGGACAGGGAGGCCCAACGGAUCCAAGAAGAGGAGCUGAGGCUUGAAAUGCAGAGGAUGGCCAAGAAAGGGUACCAGGAAAAGAUUCACAGCAGACCGCGAUCAGCCUGGACAUGAGCAACCUGCAAGACAGAAGCUCUGCGACACUGUGAGAUGUAGAUUUUUCUUUUAUGUAAUUAGCUUUAAAGAAUAGGGUCAUAAAACAAUGUUCAUAUGUAAAUCAUAACAUCUAUUCUGUCAGGGUAAUUACUCCUCAUAUCAAUACUGGCAAUGAUAAUGUGCUUUCUGACAUGAUGCCAGUGUGACAGAUGGAGGACAGAAUUCACCGACCUCAGCAUUUCAAAGCUCAUCAAGUCAAGUGCUGUUUUAUCUCAGUACAAACCUCCUUAUUGAUCUCCUGGGCGGCGUCUUAAUGACCCACAGCGGAGGGACAAUAACACAAGAGAAUUUUAUUUUGACAAGACUAACUUUGGGAUGUUCCCAGUGAAUUAAAAAAAAAUUCAGACUGAUGAAGGAACAUGUUAGCUUUAAAGUUUAAAAUGCAUUUUUGCACAGAUGAAGGACUAUGAAUUUGAUCCACCAUCUUUUACGCUGGAGUUGUGUUGUGAAGGAAUGAUGUCACAGUCAGCAUGGAGAGGAUGAGCAAUUUCAGCAAUCAGUAGCUUUUAAAGCUACACGGGUUAUUUACUGUUUUACAAAGGAUCUGAAACAAUCAGAACCUGUUCAGUGCCUUUGAAGAGAUGAAGCAUUCAUGUAGGUUAUGCAGGCCAUGUGUCGUGCCAUCCUGAUGUUAUUUAAUGCUGGCUGCUUGCAUGUUUAUAGGAAAACUGAUGUUUGUUUUUUUUUGCACUUUUUGACCUGUUCAAAGAGCUUUUAUUUUCUACUCUGAAUUUGUAGACUUUUAAGAAAAAUAAAACUAUUGCAAGCAAAUCAAUGGAGCAUUUUGUAUUAAUGCAACAAAAAGUUACGAAAAACAGGAAGACCAAAAGGCUAUAAUUAUAAAUUACGUUUAUUUAGAAAAUAAUUAUUUUUCUGAAGUGCAGCUUAACAGCUGCAUCACAUACAUCCCUGCACUCCAUUCAAGCACAGAGAGGGACAUUACUUUGAUCAGAUUUCAAAAUGAAUUCUGAAACACUGGAUGAGGAUGAGGAUUGGGUUGCACAAUAAUACAGGAGACGUCUAGAGUUCUAUCCCAUAUGUUGCACAUUAAAUACAAAACUAGCAGCAAUGGAACAGAGCACAAAACACAAGGACAUACAUACAGUGUGGCUUUUAGCUCUAAAUAUCUUCACAUCACCAACAGUGAAAUGGCGCACAAGACUGUAGUGUACGGUGCAACGUGGAGCCUGUUAGAAACACACCGAAUCAUUAGAACUUAAUGCAGCAACAUCUUGGUGCUGGUGAAGAAUUUAACUUGGCCCCUGAACAACUGUUACUUGCAUUCAUUGACUUGACAAAUGGGCAUACAUAAAUAGCUGCAAUAAGUGCAGUGCAGACUGGAUUACACUUGGACAGGGGACAGACCAUAUAAAUAGUGUUUUCAAUGCAACAAACAUUAGCAUUGCAGGGCUACAAAGUGUGCAUAAACAAAGUUCCCCACAUUUCAUGGAAGUUAACUCGAUGGUCAGUUUGUUUUUGAAUAUUAAACUUUACGGUAUGAGGAUGUUUACACAGCGCAAUAAAUGAGAGGAAGCUCCUUUAGCUACAAGUGUUUAUAAUAGCAUUCAGUGACAAUGAUUUCAUGACACAUUUAUGGCUUUUCAGCAUCCAUGUGUGGCUUUGGACUGAUCGUAUUAAACCUGUAUCAUCAUUUGGA